AUGGGUAGAGAAACGGCAAUCUUCGAAGAUGUCACGGCAACGCUCGACUACAGCGUUGGAGGUUGCAUUUCGACUACACACCCAGCGCAGCCAUUAGAACCCAGAAGCCAUUUUCCUAAGUCAUCAUGGGCCAAUCCUGGCUACAACAAGGAUGGAACACGAGGCGUGCCAUUAACCGUUGCCCACCGGGGCUUCAAAGCCAAGUACCCCGAAAACACCAUGUGCGCGUUUUCACAUGCUGUCAAAGUUGGUGCGCAGGGCCUGGAGGCUGAUAUGCACAUUUCAAAGGAUGGUGUAGUUGUCAUUUCUCACGACGCAACCCUACAACGAUGCUAUGGUGUUAGAAAACGAAUUAUCGAUUGUGAUUGGGAAUAUCUUAGCACUUUACGCACGAUAAAACCACCCUUCGAACCCAUGCCACGACUGCUCCACUUGUUGCAGUACAUUGCUGUGCCAGAGCGUUCACAUGUGUGGCUUUUGCUAGAUAUAAAACUCGAUAAUGAUCCUGAGACCAUCAUGCGUGCGAUUGCCAAAGCAGUACUCUCCAUUCCUUCUGUACAUCGGCCGUGGAAUGAGAGGAUAAUUCUUGGUUGCUGGGCGGCCAAAUACCUUCCACUCUGCCAUAAAUAUCUCCCGACAUAUCCUGUGGCUCUAAUCACCUAUUCACUACUCUAUGCUCGAAAAUUUCUCAAAGUCCCUAACAUCUCUUUCAGCAUCGAACUAAAAGCCCUAGUGGGUCCAGGGGGCGCAAAGUUCCUAGCCGACGUGAAGCACUCCCAGCGCCAAAUAUUCGUCUGGACGGUGAACGAAGAGUCGUUGAUGCGAUGGAGUGUAAGAAAUGAAGUUGACGGCGUUAUUACCGAUAAUCCAGAAUUAUCAAGGAAAAUAUCCGAUGGAUGUGAAGGGGAUCGGCUUCACUACGGCGGAUAUAUAAGCAGUUUCCAUGACAGUGGUGAUGACGGAAUUACUGUUCUUCAACGUGUCAAUGUGUUGGUGGCGGCUGUUAUAUUGUUUGUUCUGGGCGGCGUGUUUGCCAUUAUUCAUCCGGUGGAUCUGAAGGAAUUCGCUGAGGAACCAUAUGAAGAGUAUGACAGAUGGGAGGAGCUGUGA